AUGAAUUCGUGUAUCAUUUAUGCCAUUCUGGCAUGUUUCAGCGUAAGGCCGAACUUUGUUUUGGCUCAAGAUUACACCUAUCUCGGAUGUUUCUAUGACAACAACAGGAGAGAAACUUUGCCGGAUCUGAUUUACUGUGAAAGAGAUAUAUACCCUUACGAUACAUGUCAGAAUACCUGUGGACCACAAGCUCAGUACUGUCAAUCUCAAGAGAUGACAAUUGAACUAUGCAGAGAUAUUUGUGCUGAUCAGAACAUGAGAUACUUUGGAAUUCAAGCAGGCACACAGUGCCUUUGUGGUGGAUUCUUUGCGCCUUAUAACGCAUUGGGUCAACCAGAUGGGAAUGAUACAUGUAACAGACCAUGUCCAGAAAAUUCAAGUCAAAUGUGUGGAGCAGACUUUCAGGCGAGCGUCUAUCAAAUAAAUGAAUCGCCAUCACACUGUUUUAAUCCAGGAUACGUUUUAAACGGCGACCAAUCGCAGCAGGAUAGUUCUUUUUACAACGCAAGUGACGUCAUCGAUUUCGCCACCGUCUGUCCACCACCGAGUAUCAAGGAUGGCGCCGCAUCUAUCACGUGUACUACAUCCGGGAACUGGACAAACCCUCCUCCUACCUGUACGGUCAGGUGUGCCACGCCCACUGCACCUAUGCAUGCUAGUUUCAGCUCAUGGCAGACACUGAGUGACAACUACGCGGUCGAUGAUGACGUCUUCUUUGAUUGUGAUAUGGAUCCUUCGAGGACGAAUCAAACAUUGACAUGUGGUUACUAUGGCGACUGGCAUGACUGGGAGACCUUUGUCUCGGAUUGUCCAGAAACCCCGCCACCGACCACUGCAGCAACACCAAAUUCAGCGUCUACAACUGCAAUAACAAUAUCAACACCUACACCAACAAAUACAGCACCUGCAACUACAACAACAAUAUCAACGCCUACAACUGCAACAACAACAACCUCAACGCCUAAAAUGCCAACAACCGGAGCAACCGCCACUUCUCAGGGAGCAUAUCAACCGACUUCGAUGUCGCCCUUCUCAUUGAAUCCGCCAUCACAAACGAGCAGAGAUGAUAUCACGUCGGAACCGACGAUCAUGAUGACAUCAUCAGAUGGGGGACGAGGUUCAUCCUUGGGUAUGAAAAUCGUAUAUUCCCGGUCCAAAUAUGUUAAACAUAGGUUAUAA